GCCUACAUCAAUCUGCAAGGGAGUGUCAGAAAGGCCCCGCAUUCGCCGAGCCGUGACACGACCCGCCAGCGAAUCAAGUUCAGUGAUGACAGAGUGUGCAAGAGCCACCUUCUCAACUGCUGCCCUCAUGAUGUGCUCUCUGGAACUAGAAUGGACCUUGGAGAAUGUCUGAAGGUGCAUGACCUGGCAUUAAGGGCAGACUAUGAAAUAGCAUCCAAAGAUCAAGAUUUCUUCUUUGAGCUUGAUGCAAUGGACCACCUGCAGUCAUUUAUUGCAGACUGUGACAGGAGAACAGAGGUGGCUAAGAAAAGACUAGCAGAAACCCAGGAAGAGAUCAGUGCUGAAGUUGCAGCUAAGGCUGAAAGAGUUCAUGAAUUGAAUGAAGAAAUUGGGAAACUGCUAGCCAAAGUAGAACAGCUUGGAGCUGAUGGGAAUGUGGAAGAAUCUCAAAAAGUAAUGGAUGAAGUGGAGAAGGCUCGGGUAAAGAAGAGAGAAGCAGAGGAAGUAUACAGGAAUUCUAUGCCUGCCUCCAGCUUUCAGCAGCAGAAACUACGGGUCUGUGAAGUGUGCUCGGCUUAUCUUGGUCUUCAUGACAAUGACCGACGACUUGCUGACCACUUUGGAGGAAAACUACAUUUAGGAUUUAUUGAAAUAAGAGAGAAGCUUGAGGAACUCAGGAGGAUUGUGGCUGAUAAACAGGAGAAACGAAAUCAGGAACGUCUGAAACGUAGAGAGGAGAGGAAAAGAGAAGAAAGGGAGAAACUAAGGAGGUCCAGAUCCCACAGCAAGCAUACCAAAAGAUCUAGGUCCCGAGAUCGCCGCAGGCAUCGGUCUCGCUCAGCCUCCCGGGAACGAAAGAGAAGAACUCGCUCCAAAUCCCGUGAGAAACGCCAUCGUCACAGGUCUCGCUCUAACAGCCGCAGCCGGAGUCGCAGCCAUCAUAGAAGCAGGCAUAGUUCCAGGGAGAGAAGCCGAGAACGCAGCUCCAAAAAGAGAUCCUCAAAAGAAAGAUCUUCCAGAGACAAAGAGCGUUCAAGAGAUCGUGACAGAACAUCGCGUGAUAAAGAUAGAAGCUCAAGAGAGAGGUCACCGCGGGAUUUCAAAGACAAGAAACGUUCUUAUGAAAGUGCUAAUGGCCGAUCGGAAGAGCUCAGAAGAGCGUGAAGCAGGGGAGAUAUAACUGGCUGUAUAUUCACCUGAUCUCUAGCUUCCUAUGGAGUUGCAUACUAUGGUUUAGUUUACAGUUGUUCAAAGGGACACCAGUGAGCAGUUCCAGACACUGAUCCAACUAGGGUAGAUGUACAGUAUAUAAAAAGUGGUUAUAACCAAGUCAGAAUUAAACCCCAUCAAUUAAUGAUGCCUAAAGCUGGGUCCUGGACUUCCACCAAGUUGUAAAACUUUUCUGAAAGAUUUCUCUUUAUUCAGGACAACAGUUUUAUGUACCAAGAUGCAGAGCUCAAUGUUUUUAAUCUCCUUUCCAAUACAAGUUAGUGAACAAACUAUAUUGUACUACUUGCCUUGGGUGCUUUUGAACCUUUAUAAAUUCUCCAAUUCUGCUCCGGUCAAAACAGCAGCAUUGAAAGGUUGUAUUUGGGGGGAAUUUUUUUGUUUGCUUUUUUGUAAGAGGGUGGGUGGAUGGAUAUUAACUUUUACUCUAAGGUUAUGUUCCCAGGGAUUCUUUUUUUUUUUUGUUUGGGAACCUAGGAGUUGAUUACAGUGGGAGCAUUUAGACAGGAAUGUGUGCUGGAGAAAGCGGAAAUGUCUUUUUACAGUGCCUAUUUAGACUUGGAAAUUGAACAGCUGUUGCAUUACAUCUUUUUUUAUUUCUACUUAAAUUUUGAAAUCAAAGCCAGUCCCAUAUCUGUACCAUUUGAUUGGUAUGUGUUCAAUAUAUUUGUUUUUUUCCA